AUGGCCACGACCAGAAGCCUUUUUUCCAAAGGACCUGACUAUGUGCCUCUCGAGGUCAGCACGCAUUCGCUAGAAGAUGAAGCAGAUGAAGACCCUGGAACAUAUCGCUACCGGCCACUCAGCCAGCGGAUGAGGCGGCGAUCUACUCGACCAGUGCGAUGCUGGUCUAGGAUUGUGGGAGGUGUGGCAGUAUUUUUUGUGGUUGCAGCUGUGGCGCUUUGGAUUUGGGCUGUGGUUUUGCUGCUUGUGCGUUUGCAUGCGAUGCGACAGUCGCAUGUGCCGCCGAACACCAUGCAGGAUGGAGGAGAGCCCACACUGAUUGGUCCAGUGGACAUACCCAUGCUGGCGCCACCUUCAAACUGA